AUGUGCGAAUCCAUUCAUCCAAGCCUGCAAUACGGCCGGCGCCUUUUGGUCAAUGUUGUGGACGAGUACGCGGCCAACGAGCCUGAUCGCACCUUCGUCUAUCAGCCUUUGUCCAGCAACCCGAAAGAUGGGUUCCGUCCCAUCACGUUCAGGGAGCUCUCCAAUGGAGUAAACCAUCUCGCUCGCGAGCUCCUUCGUGAGACUCCAGAACAAAUCGACGAGAAAGACGAGUUCCCCACGGUCGCCUAUAUCGGACCAAACGACGUCCGAUACGUCAUUGUCAUGCUUGCUUGCAUAAAAGCUCAUCACAAGGCCUUGUUUAUCUCGCCUCGCAACAGCCUUGAAGCCCAGCUUUCGCUGUUCAAAGCCACGGAUUGCACUCAGAUUAUUUAUGAUGCCUCGAUGAAACCCGCCGUAGAGUCAUGGCUUCAGUCAUAUCGCAUGCCGGCAACGGUGGCUCCCGACAUGGAUGUCUGGCUUCAAUCAACGGCUCCUCACCUACCAUACGACACGCCGUUUGAAGAGGCGAGAUGGAACCCGAUGUUGGUUAUGCAUACCAGCGGCUCAACCGGCAUUCCCAAGCCCAUUGUUGUCCGCCAGGGAAGUCUUGCCAUCGCGGACACUCUUCGAGACGAACCACCUCUUGACGGUGCUCCCUCCAUGUGGAGCUACUGGGCAGCCACCAGCUCAAUGAUAUUCUCACCAAUGCCCUUGUUCCACAUGGCCGGCGUUGCGUGCACAGCCAUUUUCGGAAUAUACUACGGAGUUCCUAUGGUAUAUGGCGUGUCGAAUCGUCCCCUAAGCGCCGAUAUGGUCGCUGAGUGCCUAGCCAACACGGAGUCCGACUCAGCUUUGCUGCCUCCUUCCAUUAUCGAGGACAUGAGUCUAAACGAGGCGCAUGUUAAUCUCUUGGCUAAACUCAAGCUCACAGGCUUCGGUGGAGGCAAUCUCUCACCUUUGAUCGGAGACAAUCUCAUCAAGAAAGGUGUCAAGCUUACCAACGUGAUAUCCUCGACAGAGAUUGUGCCGUAUUUGAUCCACUACCAGAGGGAUCCUGAAUUGUGGCAAUGGAUCAUCAUCAACGCUGAGGAAAUGGGUGCCGAGUUUCGCUUAAUCUCUGACGAUGACAUUUACGAAAUGUUUGUUCGUCGGAAACAUCCAACUGAACCACUGCGACAGGCUCUCUUCUACACCUUCCCAGACAAGACAGAGUGGUCUACGGGGGACAUGUACAAGAAGCAUCCCACGAAGCCGAACCAUUGGCUCUAUCAUGGCCGUACCGAUAACGUCAUUGUCUUUUCAAACGGGGAGAAGCUCAAUCCCGUCACCAUCGAGGCCGCUGUCGUCGGCCAUCCCGCUAUCAAAGUUGCCCUUGUGGUCGGGCAGCAAAAGUUCCAGCCUGCUCUAAUCUUGGAGCCGUAUGAGCACCCAAAAGAUGAAGCGGCCCGAGAAGCUCUCAUUAACAGCGUGUGGCCAAUCGUGGAAGAAGUCAACAAGGUCACCGUUGCCCAUGGGAGGAUUUCUCGCAACAUGAUUGCCAUCUCCGAUCCUGCCAUACCAUUUGCUCUAUCACCCAAGGGCACCCUUCAACGAAUCGCGACGGUGAAGCUCUACAAGGACUUCAUCGAUGAAUUGUAUGCAGAGACAGACGAGGGAAUUGAAAUGGACGAAACACCAUCACUUGAUGUAUCUAGCCUGGAAGCUCUGACACAUUCCAUUGUGGAGGUUGUCAGAUCGCAGGUUGGCAAAGUCGAGGUUGACUCCGAGACUGAUCUUUUCAGCGUCGGAGUAGAUUCCAUGCAAGUCCUCAGUCUUUCAAGGAUUCUACGCUCUGCCUUGGAACUUGCUGGCAUAAAGGCGGACAAGGAUGCCGUCGCUGCCCGUGUCAUAUACGCAAAUCCAACAAUCAGUGGAUUAGCGCGGCAUCUGUAUUCGACGGUCAUCAGCGGCGACAACGUUGGCGACGCAGCCGAGGAAGAGAUUCGCGCCAUGUCUCAUAUCAUUGAGAAGUACACUUCUGACCUUCCACCUCCCAACGCGGCGCAAUCCGAUCCUUUGGACGAGCAACAGACGGUCAUUGUCACCGGUACUACGGGAUCGCUUGGUGCCUACAUGCUAGACCGGCUGAUCAAGAACCCUCGAGUAGCCAAGGUCAUUGCUUUCAAUCGUGGUGAGGAUGGAGGGCGCUCUCGCCAAUCGACCUACAGCGCCGCUCGGGGGCUGAGCACGGAUUUCUCAAAGGUCGAGUUUCUUGGUGUUGACCUCUCCAAGCCACUGUUUGGCCUGACUCAAGCCCGAUUCAACGAUCUGUUGGCCACGGCCGACCGUAUCAUUCACAACGCAUGGCCCGUCAACUUCAACAUCAGCGUUACCUCGUUCGAGCCACACAUUUUCGGUGUUCGCCAACUCGUCGAAUUCGCGAAUAAGGCAGCCAAGCGGGUUCCGAUCAUCUUCAUCUCGAGCAUCGGAACCGUGAGCGGUUGGACGAAGCAGGAGCCCGUUCCAGAGCAUCGUCUCGAUGAUCUGACGCUGCCGAAAAUGGGCUACGGCCAGUCAAAGUACGCUGCUAGUUGCAUUCUAGAUGCGGCUGCCGAGAAGUCGGGGAUUGCGGCGGCCGUCAUUCGGGUCGGACAGAUUGCUGGUGCACGUACUAGGGAGGGCGUUUGGAAUCCCCAGGAAUUCAUUCCUAGUCUGAUCGCAAGCUCGGUUCAUCUCGGCAUUCUGCCAGCCAGUCUCGGACCUAUGGACGUUGUGGAUUGGACGCCGGUGGAAGAUAUUGCUGGAUUAGUUUUGGAUGUUGCCGGAGUCACCCAAAAGGUUCCCCUGGCGGAGAUUUCGGGGUAUUUUCACGGUGUCAACCCGUCAGCUACGAGCUGGGCUGAAUUGACCAGGAUCCUCAAGAACUACUACGGGGAUCGCAUCAAGGCCAUUGUCCCUCUGGACGAGUGGAUUCGUGCCCUUGAAGCAAGUGCGGUCAAUGCUACAGUUGACGCUGCGGCCAAGAAUCCCGGAAUCAAGCUGAUUGACACCUACAAAGGAAUGGAGGAACAAAGAAAAGCAGGUAUUGGUCACGCCUACCUUGACGUAACCAGGACUGUGGCUCACAGUCAGACCAUGAGGAACCUGGGGCCAAUUGAUGCGGAUCUUAUGAGGAAUUGGUGCGACCAGUGGAACUAUUAA